GAAGUAGGCCACGGCGCCGUCCACCCGCGCGCCCCCGCCCUCGGCGAGGUCCACGGCGACGGGCAGCCGCUCGUAGUGCGCGCGGGAGACGCCCUCCAGCUCGUCCAGCCGCGCCAGGCCCCGGGCCGUCACGGCGUACAGCUCCCCGGCCACGCGGUCCCCCUCCCCGGGGAGGUUCAGGAGGAACGGCACGCGGUACGGCCCGCACACCAGCGGCAGGCGCCACGCCGUCACGGCGGCGCCCACGAAGGAGGCGUCCCCGCUCGAAGCCAGCUCCUGCAGCAGCGGGUGGUUGGAGAACCCGCGCUUCAGCGUGCCGUACGUGAACACCAGCGUACGUUUCGGCGCGGCGGCGGCCGUGCCCAUGGUUGGGUUGGUUUGGCUUGGCCGGGGGCAGGGGCAAAUGGGGCUCUUUAUACAUGCUACGCGGCCAUGGGUUUCGUUGCGCUUUAUGAUUCUAUUAUAUUUUAAUACUCCACAUGUUACAAUACGCGGCCCAGCAGCAGCAUACAGGCCCAGCCCACUCGCAGCCCCCCCCCCCCCAGGUUCACGAGCGCCGCCGCCGCCGCUCCGCUUGGCCCCCGAGAAUUCAGAAUGCCCGGCGGCCGAAAGCGCCCGGCUCCGUUCCUCGCCUUCUCCUCUUUCGCUCGCUCCCUCAUCUUCUCCGCUGCCGCCGGAACUCCUGGUCAAGACAACAUGCCGCGGCCGCCGUCCAAGCGCGCGAAGCCGGCCGGGCCUUCCAAGGACGAAGACCGCAGCAGCAGCGAAAGCGAGGAAGAGAGCUUUAGCAACAGCGAAAGCGACGCCGAAGACGGGGAGGAGCUCCAGACGGUGCAAGCGGACUUCGCCUUCUUCGAUCCCAAGCCAAGCGACUUCCACGGGGUCAGGCUGCUGCUCAAGACGUACCUCGACUCCAAGCCCUGGGACCUCACCGGCUUCGUCGACCUCAUCCUUGCUCAGACCACCGUUGGCACGGUUGUCAAGUUGGCCGAUGAGGAGGAGGAGGAGGAGGAAGGGCAAGGGACCGGCGGUGAAAAGACCAGUGCUGGUGGCAAUAACGACGAUGAUCUGUUUGGUCUUAUUAGCGUCCUAAAUCUGGGACGCUACGCCGAGCACCGCUGCAUCAAGGAUCUUAAGGAGUAUCUGCUCGCUGUUUGCUCCGACAAGGAUACCAAGAGGCAGCUUAAGUCUCUGCUGGAAGAGAAAGCAUCUAGUGUGGGCCUGCUGGUGUGUCGCCGCUUUGUGAAUUUCCCUUAUGAGCUUGUGCCUAAGCUGUAUGAUGCACUCUUUGAUGAGGUUUCCUGGGCAACGGAAGAUGAGCCAACACAAGAACUCCAGGACUCCUUCCGAUUCAAACAUUACCUGCUACUCGUCAGAAUGCUUGAGAGGAAAACCCCCGCAAAACACAAAGCAAAGAACAGCAAAGAUGAUGAUGAUGAACCUAUUAUCUAUCCAAAGUUGGAGGAUGAAAUUUUUAAUGAGCUUAGCUCAUGGUCGUUCACUUUCCCAAUACGUUCUGAACAGUCACCUCAACAGGAGGUCAGUUACAUUUUAUCAUAUAAGUCACUGUUUGGUUUUGCAUGACAGCACUCAUAUGAUAUCCCUGGGAACUGGAGAAAAUGCUAUUUGAUGCAUUAUGAUCUCUUGAAAUGUGUGAUUGUCAGGUUCUCUUGUCUGUAUGGUACUAUAAGUCAAGAAUGUGAGAUUGGAAAUUUUGUUCUUACCACCUUGUCUUGAACUCUUGAUUAUAGGCCCUUCUGAUGAACUAUCUGUAAUCUGCCAUCAGCAUCAGUAGUUGGAUGUUUUGAAACGAUAGUAUAUAGCUACCUGCUUGUAAAAAAAACGACAUUUUUCCUAAACAGAACUUUCCGGCUG